AUGCGCUUGUCAAGACCUCGACUGAGGGUCUCCCAGACCCAGUCAGUCUUUGCAGAGGGUAAUGCGCGAUGGACGAAUCUCGAUCUGGAUCCGAUUCCUUUAUUAGGAAGAAAAUGGGGUGUACUGAAUUUGAUAGCAUACUGGAUCUCCGACGCCUUCAAUGCAGCAACAUGGCAGUUUGCUAGCAGUAUCAUCGCCGUCGGUCUAACCUACCGCGAGGCCAUUGCCAUCGUCGCCAUCUCCUUCUUCAUUAUAUCCUUUGUUAUUUCUGCCAACGGUGCCGUCGGCGCCAUCUACCAUGUCCCAUUCCCCGUGAUCGCCCGCGCUAGCUGGGGGUUCUGGGGUUCGUAUAUCGCCAUCAUUUCCCGAGUCAUUCUCGCCGUGUUCUGGUUUGCCAUCCAGAAUGUGAAUGGUGGGAACUCGGUCCGUGUUAUGAUCGGGGCUAUUUGGCCUAGCUACUUGGAUCUUCACAAUGAUAUCCCUGCGUCGCAGGGUAUCACGACCAAUGGGAUGGUCGCUUUUUUGAUCUUUUGGAUCUUCCAGUUCCCCUUCUUGUGCAUGCAUCCGAAUAAACUGCGCUGGUUGUUUACUGUCAAAUCGAUUCUCGUCCCGAUUGCCUGGAUUGCGAUCCUGAUUUGGGCGUUUGUCGCUGAAAAGGGCGGUGGUGGGAUCUUUGCCCAGCAGAAGGCGACGGUCUCUGGGUCGAAUUAUAGCUGGCUGUUUUUGGCAAAUAUGACCUCUGUUCUGGGGAAUUACGCUACUCUGAGCGUGAACCAGUCCGAUUUCUCACGAUACUCCCGCAUCAACCCCCGUUGGCAACUCCUCUACAUCCCCAUGCUCCCCAUCAUCUUCACCUUCAUCUCCUUCAUCGGCAUUGCCGCGUCUUCUGCCGGCCAAGCCCACUACAAUCUCGCCACCAUCCCUUGGGACCCCAACGAACUCAUCAGCCACUGGCCCAACCGCGCCUGCCGCUUCUUCGGUGCAGCUUCGUUCGCCAUCGCUUCGCUGGGCGUGAAUAUCUCAGCCAACUCCCUCUCCGCAGCAAACGACUUUACCGCGCUGGCACCGCAGGUCCUGAACAUCCGCCGCGGCCAGAUCCUAUGUGCCGUGUUAUCGUGGGCGCUGGUGCCGUGGAAGAUUCUCGAGUCAGCGGAUAACUUUUUAAGUUUUAUGAGUGCGUAUGCGAUUUUUUUGGGACCUAUUGCUGCGAUUAUGAUGUUUGACUUUUGGGUUGUGAAUCGCGGCAAGUAUGAUUGUCUUGCACUGUAUCAGCCGUUGAAUCCGAUUUAUCGGUAUGUUUGUACUGUGCCGUUCUUGUCGGGCAAGUCGAUUUGGGGCGUGAAUUGGCGGGCGCUGGUCUCGUUUAUUGUGGGCGUGGUCCCCAGUUUGCCUGGUCUGAUUAAUGCUGUGAACUCGAAAAUUGAUGUUGGGGCCGGUGUGCAUCCUUAUCAGUUUGGAUGGCUGUUGGGUUUCUCUGCUACGGCAGUGGUUUAUCUCGCCUUGUCGUGGUUGUUCCCGGUGAAAGAGACCCAGAUUCCUCGGGCUAUUCUUCCGGAUGAGAUUUAUAAUGAGAGAGCUGUUGUCGUGGAAGGCGUGGAGACAGAUGGCUCGGAGCAGAUGUCGGCGACUUCUCGAGGUGAAAAGAUACCAGCCGAGUCGGAGAAGGUUGUUUAA